CUCAGUUGGGACAGGAAAGGAACCGAAAUAAAUCAAUUUGGAAAAUGCCGUCUUACACGAGAUUGGAGCUUUUAUCCAUUCGAGAGCGCAUGACGAAAACGCGAAAUGCUGUUCAAAUACAACAGCCCCGCGAAGACUUUCAAAUGCUCAAAUCAGACCAUAUCGAAAAAGCCCAGGAAAAAGAAGCGUCAAAUUCUGUACAAAUAUUUACAAGUGAAAUGAAUGAAAUAUGGAAAAAUGUUCGGGAGCUGCACACAAAAGUUGAACAGGUGUACUUUCAAGGCCUACCUGAGUUCUAUGCUGGAAAUAAAGAACAGUCCUUACAAAUUUUUCGGGAGGCCAAUGAUAAUCUAAAGAGCUUCAGCCAUCAAAUGCAUAAGGAAUUUUCCUCCAUUCUGACGACAGUGAAUAUUAUGUACAAUAAGUUACAGAAGCAAGUAUUGGAAAAGCAGUCUACGCGUACGGAAUAUUUAGCUAAUUUUCUAGUGCAUAAGAAAAGCAACUUGCAGCAAGUCAGGGAAAAAAAUAUGCAGCUACAAAAAGAAGUUGAGCUGAGCAAGAAAUACUGGUUGGAGCUAACGCGGAUUGUACAGGCUCAACAGCAGCUGAAGGACAACUCUGAUCAGAAAGUCUCUUGCUCCAUAUGCAUGGAUGAAUGGAAAUUGUCUGGUGACCAUCGUGUCGUGUCCUUGAAAUGUGGCCAUCUCUUUGGCGAUAAGUGCGUACGACGCAGUCUGGAGGAACGAGAAAUAUGCCCACAAUGCAGAGCUCCUGCAGCAUUGAAGGACAUACGUAUUAUAUAUGGCAGCCCAUACUAAUUCGUUUGAAUAA